GAUAGCAGCUUGACAUAGGAGAAAUCAACGGAAAAGACUACAAUAUCCUGCCUGAAGGGUUGUGAUACAAACCAUGCAACAGAAAUGUUCAAUCCCUGUGACAUGCUCCAGAUACAAGCCAUGCUAAUCUAUAUAAAACGCAAUUUCUUACAUUAUAAGUAGGCGAUGUAGCAACAAAAUGAUGCCGGAAGCAGAAGCUGCAUCUGCUAUAACCAGUCCUGAACCUAGGGGAUGCAGUUGACACCCCAAAUAUAGGUAGAAUGUAAUUUCUUACGUUAUAGUAGGGGAUGCAGCAACGAAAUGACUCCCGAGUUUUCAUAAAUUUUAACCAAUCACACAAGUGAAAGUUUGUCAUUCAUAAUUUUUAUAUCUUUUAGUCGAAAACUGUAUGAAAGAAUAGGAAAAUUGGUGUCAUUCCAGGAUAUGUUAUUUUAAUUUUCAUCGGGUAGUAACAUGCUGAAAUCCCAAAAAUAUGGGCCUAUGUAUAAUUUAUAUGCGAAUGUCAAUGGUACAGAAUAGAAGUAUUUAAUCAUUUGGUCAGCUACAGCUGAAUAAUUGAAUUUUCAUGAUUGAAUGUUUGCACACCUUAUCCACAUAAGUUUAUUGAAUAUUUUUUAAAUAGCGAAUUAGACAAACAAACAUUUUAUGUUAAAUCAUCAAGUGAAUAGACCAAAAAUAAGUAUGGACGAAGAUGUUGAAGAUUAAUUUGAAGAUCCAUCAAUGAAUCUUAUGAAUUUUUUUUGAAACUGACUUAAAUUCACUUAUGCGGCCAGUUUAAAAUGACUUCUAAAAACAAUCAUUAUAUGCAUGAAACUGUCUUUAUUUGUGUACAAUGAUCAUUAUAUUAUUACCAGUAGUGGAGUCAGAAAAUAUUUUAAUGGAGUCACAAUUAAAAUGAAAUAUUAUUUAUAUAUAUUUUCAAAAAUAUUAUACUAGUAAAACCCAUUUUAUAUAUAUUGUUUGGAAAUUUUAAACUAGAAUAUAAAUACAUUAUCUAUUAUUUCUUGGUGUGUCAGUUUAUCAAGGGGAGUCCCAUGAUUCCCAUCAGACAAAGGAAACAUGAACAUCUAUUUCAUGACGUAGGACAUGACUGGUGGAACCGCAUCAGUUGCGGUUACGGGAGUUUACAGAUGCGGGUGGUUGCGGUUUUAAGUGGUUUUAAAAGAUUUGUACGACUGUUAUUGCGGUUAGAAAUUGGUGCGUUUGCAGAAUAUUUAUGACUCGUUAACCACCAAAUAGAACAUCGGUUAAAUAAUAAAUUAACAAUAUUUACAUUUUAUAUAAUUAUAAAAAUAUUAAACAUCAUAAUAUUAUAAUAAAAUAUAAACAUUAUAUUUAUAAAAUUAUAUUUUAAAUUUUAAAAUUAUAGAAAAUAUUUUUAUUUUAUAGAUUUAUAAUAUAAAUUAAAAUAUAAUAGAUAUAUUUUAGUAUUUAUAUUAUUUCAAUUUAAAAUUUUUAUUUUAUUUUUAUUUUUGUAUUUAUAUUGUGUUUAGAAAAAGAAGAAAUUUUUUUACCUUCCCGCAACCGCUAAGUUAGCGGUGCUAACGCUAGCUGGAACUAGAUUUUGAAUUUAAAAGGUUUAGAACGGUUUGAAUCGGUUUACAACAAUUUGAAUCGGUUUAGAACAGUUUGAACCGGUGUAGAGCGGUUUGAGUGAUUGUUGCAAAACGUCAAUAACCGUUAAAACCGCGAAAGCUGUAUUUGCGGGUGGUAUCGGACAAACGAGUCAUGUCCUUGCUCACAUCUCUGAGGAAAAAAGCAUUUAUAGAAUCAUUAGUCAGCACGACUUAUUUCAAUGAUCCUUAAUGUUAUUUUUUUGCUAAAAUUUGAUAAUGAUCCUUAAUGUUUCCUGUACAGUUCAUUGUAGUAAAAUGAAAUCGCCGUAAACAGCCGCAAGAUAUAUUUCAAUAAGGAAUCACAUGAACUGUCUGAAAAUGGCAACAUAAGAAGCUUCCUCUUCUUCAUUUUUAUAUGUUCCUCUUAUUCACAUUAUCAAUCUUAAUGUCAUAAUAACUACCAUCUCUCCUCUCUCUAUAUAAAUCAAACCAAGUCGUGUAUCUCUCUUACAACCCCAAGGGAAACAUUAGCUCGCCAGAAAAUAAAAGAUAAAAAGAUGUCGGCGAACAACUUGCCGUUCCUCAGCGUUUUCCUUCUUCUCAGUUUACUCCGGUUCGAUUCAAUUCCCGUUUUAGAAGCAGCAGCCGGGAAAUUAGGUUCGAUUCCAGGAGUGUAUGUGUUCGGAGAUUCGUUGGUUGAUGCCGGAAAUAACAACUACUUACCAUUUUCCUUAGCCAAAGGGAAUUAUCCUCACAACGGCAUCGAUUUUCCUAAGAAGAAAGCCACCGGAAGAUUCUGUAACGGCAAGAACUUCGCAGAUGUUAUCGCGGAGAAAAUUGGUUUACCGUUACCGCCGCCCUACCUCUCGCUAAGAGGCUUACUAAAAUGGAGAAAGAGAGAGUCCGCCGCUGUAACAGGUGUUAACUUUGCCUCCGGCGGUGCCGGAAUCUUUGAUGGCUCCAGCCAAUUUCCGGGACAAGCUAUUCCUUUAUCACAGCAAUUGAAACAUUGGCUCUCUAUUCAUAAAGCACUCACGAGAAAGCUUGGACGAUCCAAAGCACAAAUUCACCUAUCCAAAUCUCUAUUCGUUAUGGUCAUAGGCAGCAAUGAUCUUUUGAAUUAUAUUCGAUCUUCCCAACUUCGGAGAAAGAGUAGUCCUCAACAGUAUACGCAAUCAGUGGUCGAUAGAUUUAAAGCGCAAUUGAAGACAUUUCAGGAGACUGGAGCACGUAGAUUUUUAAUACUCGGAGUAGCAGAACUCGGUUGCAUGCCGAGCAGAAGAGAGAAGAACUCGACGACCCAUGAAUGCAAUAAAGAGGCAAACAUGUUGGCCUCUUUGUAUAACAAAGCUCUAAUAAAGAUGUUGCAACAACUGAAAGAAGAGUUGAAAAGCUCAAUGGCUUACUCUUACUUUGAUAUGUUUAACUCUGUACAUGACAUUGUCUCCAACCCUGCCCAUUACGGUACGUUAAGAAUUAACUAUUCAGAUCGCUAGUCUGAUCCAGAUUAAUUAAUAAAAAUUAGGGGACCGACAUCGUUAGAAUCACGCAUUCCUCACACAUAUGAUGCACGUACCAAAACCAAAGCGGUGAUACAUAGAGAACAAAAAACAUUAGCAAACAAGAUCGAAUCAGCGUAUAUAUAGUGUCAUCUUCUUCUUUUUAAAUGAUUUUCAGGUUUUUCUGACGUGACAUCAGCGUGUUGUGGAAGUGGGGUAUUAAACGCGGAGCUUCCUUGUUUCCCAGUGUCAAACUUAUGUUCAGACAGAACCAAAUAUCUCUUCUGGGAUCGCUAUGGUCAUCCCACAGAAGCUGCUGCGCGAACCAUCGUCAAUUUUGUGUUAUCUGAGGAUACACAAUACUCAUCUCCAUUAACUCUCACUCAAUUGGUCUCUUCAUGAUCAAUACGCGCGGCUUCGUUUGUUUCUCAAUGCUCCAAACCAAUAUGUAGUCCACCUUAACAAAUGUAGCGUUACAUCACGGUUUAUUUCAGCCUUUACAAGUGGUUAUAACUUAUAACCAGAGGCGAUCUUUUUCAAAAAAUAACCAGAGGCGAAUGCAGUGCAGAACUCUUUUUUAAUGGAUGCAAAAAUAGAGUAUAAUUAUUCAAAAAAAAAAAUAGAGUAUAAUAUGUGUAUAGUUACGCAUCAUAAUAGGUGUAUACCUAAAAUUUGUUAAAAAUAUAUAUAUUAUAUUUUGAAAAUAAUAUGGGUGCAUGUGCAUCGACUCUCCCCUUACUAGCUUUGCCACUGGUUCUAACCAAAUUGAUACAUCAGCACUUACAGUAGCCAAAGCCUGAUGAUAACAAGUCGAAAGAAAAAUUAAAGGUGCCACAUACUUCCUAGAGUAAGUUCCUAGAGAGAUUCCACCGUAGAUCGUGACGUUGAGUGCUCGGUAACCUAGAUUCUCAUUGGAAUGAGUAUCAUUAUGGCUUCCGGUCCCAAACAAACCAUCACAUAAGGCAUCUAACGGUAAGGAAAUCGACAAUGAUCAUUGACUACAUAGCCAAGGAAAGAGUCCUUACGAAGGGGGAUAGGCAUCAAACGCAAGGAAAUCGACAAUGAUCAUUGUCUACAUAGCCAAGGAAAGAGUCCUUCUCACGAAGGGGGAUUAAUCUACGAAUGUGCGUUUGUUUCAUCUACAACAUUAAUCUACUAAAAUAAGUUUGGUUAUGAUCUCUAAAUGUAGAGUUUUUGGAAUAGUACCUAUGUAGUAGAAAGUAGUUUUUGAGGGUUUCUUGAUGAGAAAGUAACAGAAGAUGACAAAUCAAAAGAAACUAAACUUAAUGAGCCGAAACAGGAAACUUAAUACACACUAUCUCGCAGAUAAGCAGAAGAAAUACAAAGCCUAUUGUUACACUACACUUGAAAUCGAAGAGAAGAUAUAUGAAUCACAAUAGGAAUAUGUUUGAAAUAACUAUAUAACAGUUCAAUAUUAGGAAAUAGAACAAAAGAUUAUCAAAGCAAUCAGAGAGAGUUGUUUUGGGUGCAGAAAGGAGCACACAACAAAGUGUAUUGUUUCACCACAUGAUCUAAGUAGACAGAAUGUUCAUCUUAAGCUUUAUAUAACUAACCCAUGAUAUUAUAUUCAUUUAAGUAAAAACAAAAGAGACUAUUGUUUCACCACAAAUAAGUAAACAGAAACUUCAUCUAGACAAACGUUAACAAGAGGCAAACUCGCCACAUUUUCCUGACUUUUUUUUACUAUAUUGUCUAUAUUGUCUUCUGAUGCUUCUCUAGUUUUUUAUUUUCCGAUCUAGCGGUAAUGACGGAAGUAUUGCUCCCGUUUAAGGAAUUUAAAACUAUAUAUCCACCAAAGGGCAUCCAUUAUCCUUUACAAAACCACUGAAGAUUCUUCAAAGCUAAGAACGUUGCCGAAACUAUCUUAUUGUUCUUAAUUUGGUAUUUAUUUGAAUCGAAAUUGGUAAUGUGUGGGAUGUCAGACCACGAUGGGUCAUAAAAUAAUGAUGCUGAGAUAAUUAAAAUAUGUAUAUUUAUUGAUUAUAGAAAACAAUGGUCCAACGACGUUAGUAUACGUCCGCAUGAUCACAUUUUAUUAACAAGGUGUAAUCGAACAUUUAAUGAGAUUUGAGAUGAUAUUAAAUGUCAUUAGACAAGUAAAUGUAAUCUGCUAAAUAAAUUUCAUUAAUUGACGUAUUUAUGUUACUUUGACGUAUGAAUUUCUUAAUUUGGUGAUAGUAAUGUGUUUUGGGAAAUGUAUUGACUAUUUGUAAAAUGGAGAAAAAAAUGAAAAUGCGGUGAGCGUGGAUCGAACACGCGACCUUCAGAUCUUCAGUCUGACGCUCUCCCAACUGAGCUAUCCCCGCAGUUGUUAUCAUUUGUUUUCGUGUAGUUUAUAUAGACAAUAUUGCAGGUAUAAUCGAUUAACCUAAAUAUGGGUUUUAAUUCACGAGGGAGAGGCAAAAUACGACAACUUCCUCCAAAGAAGUGGCAGAGCUUGCCGGUAUGGUUAGACAUGUGAGUCGUGACUGUUCAAGUUCAUGAAACAACUUGGUAAAUAAACUCAUCAGUUCUUUUUUGGUGUUAUUUAUUUGUAUUUGAAACAAGUUAAAGUGUAUCUGUAUUUCAGAUCUAGUCUUCCAUCUUCUCUUAGCUGAUGCUACUGACCAGGUAAUGCAUAAGAUUGAACAUAACUUUGGAUCGAGUAUUAUGGAGAUAAAGUCAGAAGCACGAAGGAAUCAAGGAUAUAGCAAUCUUUCUCAUCUUUCAUGUUCUUUUUUGUUGACUUGUGUUCACAAAGCAUCCCUUCGUAGUUGAUUACCACGUUGGAUACUCAUCACAAAUGCAAUACAUAAACUUUCUUAUAAUAAGCAAAUGCUAGAAUCGAAAUGGACGUACAGAAGAAAAAAAGGGUCAACAAACACCGUAAAAGGGUGCUACGGAAAAUUUCAAGCUUUUACCUAUUGACUUCACCCCCACCCAUAUAACUCGAGAGACUUUAUACCCGAACCGUUGAAUUUCUACAAAAUAAGUUUGGCCCAUUUCAACAUUAGAAUAUGAUACAAAAAUGUUUGGUCCAUUUCAACAUUAGAAAAAUGAUUAUUUUGACGACAAAAAUCAAAAUACAUAGGACAGAAAUAAU